GUUCUUGCCAUUCAUCAUUGUUUCCUCCCGCUUUAAGUUCGGCUUAACUGCACUUUUCGUCAGGAAGAUCUUGUCUAAUUUUUGCAUCCUCAUUUAAUGUUUCGCGUCCUGAGCACAGCGCCAGAAGCUCAAUGACACCUUAACUCGGUCAAAUCGAUGACAACGACAUUUGUGUUUUUGUUGAUUGGAUCAUUGUCUUAUCGACUAACAAUAUAUUUGCAUAAAUACCUGGACAACCCCACAAAGAGACCAGGAGAAAAGGAUCUGACGCGGAGAAAGCCGAGCAUGGGGUUCGUUUGCCAUGUCUAAGACAGCGGUGAAGAAGCUGCACUGGCGUUCCAAGGUGCAGGACAGCUUUGUCCCCUUGCUAGGCACUUCGGGGGAACUGGGCAUCUCCAUUGGUGGAGGAGCAGAUUAUGGAGAGUUUCCUUUUGUCACGUCGGCUCCAGUGGGUGUCCUCACAGUGGGUGAUAUCAUCCUAGAGGUUGGGGGAACACCUGUGCUAGGCAUGACAUUAGGAGAUGUUCGUGGAGUCCUCAACUCUUGCCCACAUCCCAUCCGUAUCAAAACUGUGUCACCAGGCACCACAUUGUGCAAGGAUCUCAGGUUAUAUCUGAGUAAGUGCUUCACACCCGGCUCAGUGGACAGCCAACUUCAGCAGGUCAUCAGAGAGAACCUCUACCUCCGAGCGGUACCUUGUACAACCAGACAGCCCAGAGAGGGGGAAAUCUCAGGGGUAGACUACAACUUUGUCUCCAUCGAAGAGUUCUUCUCUUUGGAGGAGUCGGGAGCGCUGCUUGAGAGUGGGAAGUUCAAAGGGAAUUACUACGGCACACCUAGGCCUGUUCACGUAAGUGCAGAGAGCCCGCCCAUCACCUACCAGGAACACCGCAACCUGCUGAGAAACUUCCGCACACGCAGCAAAUCACUCACCAACCUGGAGAAAGCUGCAGAUGAAGGCAUAAACAGCGAGGAAGACUUAGGCCUCUCAGGAGGCUCUGCAGGUGUCAGCAGCAGCAUCCCUCUUGGCCACCGGUCUCCUGGUCGGCCCCGGGCAUCCAGCAGUGGAGGUGAUGGUCGCGCCAUUGAAAACGGGAUCAUUUGUGGCAGAAGUGGUGCAAGAAUUAGAGGGGUGAUGCCUGAUCACGGGGAGCAGGCUUUCAGUGACCCAGGAGAAUCACUAUACAUAGAGCGCAGCCCAAAGAGGACCAGCUGGAGUCUUCGACCCUCAAGCCGGGAGACGGUCUACAAAAAUGAAUGGUUCACAGACCAGCCUGGGGAGCUCAGGGGUUUCCCUGUUCACUCACAGUUGAUCAAGGGGACAAGAGGGUUUGGUUUUAACAUUGUGGGGGGCAGCAGACCAAGAGAGUUCCUCCAAGUCUACAGUGUGACAGCAAGCGGACCCUCUGCACUCAAGACAGCCGACAUCCUGGUGUACAUAAAUGAUGUCUGUGUGUUGGGAGUAUCUCACAAAGAGGUGGUACAGAUGCUCAAAUCAGUGCCUGUGGGCCACAGUGUGGAUAUAGAGGUUAGAAGGGGAUAUCCCAUGCUUUACAACUCCGACGGUCGACCCAAGCAGCCCCCUCCACGAUUACUGGACAGCGAGGACCCCAUGCUACCACCCAGCACCACCCAGCCUCAGUCUUUUCACCAGCUACCUCGCCUCCCAACACCCACGCCCCAGACCCAGCACUUUAAUUAUAACGGAGUCCACAAUGACGUGAGCUACAUGGAACCCGGUGUGGCUCUGGAUGCCAAUGGGAACGCCACAUCUUUUGCUUCCAGACCGCCUCCCCCGUACAGACGCUCCAGUAUCAGUAAUGCAGCCUCCUCCUCGCCCAUUCGCCCGCCCCGUUCGCUAAGAAGUUUGGCCAGGCUACAGUCGUUUGACCCAAAUCUGGCCAGCCAGAGCGACAGUGAAGUUGUUUCUGCAAUUGGUUCUCACAGGGCCUCGAUGAUCCGUAAUCACAACAAUAAUUCCCUUUCAACACCGCCUCAUCCCUUCCGUUAUGGUACAUCAAAGUCAUCUGAAAGCGACCUGUCCACCUGUACGAUCCCAGGGUCCCGGCUACCCCUGCCCGAGUCACCUCGUCGACCCUCUUCUUCCCCCGGUGGUCCCCGAAGCACACACUCCCACUUCUUCAGAGCGCAUACCUCCCACCUUAGACCUCUUUCCAACCAAGAGAGCCCCCACCACCGUGGCUUCAAUGGUUUUCAUGGAAACACCAGCCCCACUGCCAGUCCCAGUGCUGUGACCUCUCCCGGUGGGAUGAGCGUGGGCAGCGGGGUUGGCGGUUUCAGUGGAGGGGAACUGAUUCCAGUGGCCUUGGCCCAGACUGAAGGAGACAGAGGCCUCGGUUUCAGCGUGACAGCUGGUGGUCCGGGAGGCAGGAUGACUCUGGUGGAACGAGUCUGGGACAGGAAGCAGUGCAACUCCUUACAGCCAGGGGAUGCUAUUGUUAAAAUCAACGGGGCUGAUAUCCAGAGUCUCAGCUUUGAUCAGAUACAAAUAAUUCUGCAGGAACACACCAAACAGGGAGAAGUCAUCUUGCUGGUUUACAGGGGAGGUGUCUAUCAUUCAUCUGUCUCCCCUGGCUCUAUUCGGAGACUCCCUCCACCUCUUCUCCGUCCACCUCCUCCACCUGUUGGCUCAGACAACUCCUCUAUUCUCCCAGAAGUGCUGCCAAUGCCCCACACCUCCAUCAGCACCCCUUCCUCCCCGGUCCCGACGCAUCCCUCUUUGAUCCAGAGCACCAGUUUCUUGGAGUCGAUUCCAGUGACCCUGACCAUGGAGCCAAAAGACUGGAUCGACAUAGGCCUGGAGGAUGACGCUGGCGGAGACCCGGUGCCCGAUACAGGCCUGGAGAAGCGAAGGGGUGAACAAAAUCGGCCAUUUCGUGGGUUUGAUGUGGAACUGAGGAGGAAGCCAGGAGAAGGCUUUGGGUUUGUCAUUGCCUCUCAGGAUCUUGAGAAUGGGAAAGCUGCAUCUCUUCUUCCCCAUCGGUUUGUGACCGUCCGUCGGGGCAGUCCUGCAGCAAAGAGCGGUCAGAUCCGGCCUGGAGAUCGUUUAGAAGCUGUAGAGGGACGCCCGGUGGUGACUCUGCCACACAGGGAGCUUGCUCAGAUUCUUCGUCGAGCAGGAAAUACUCUACGCCUGACCAUUGUCCCCCGCCCCAGCACCUAUUCCGCAAACCUUACAGAAACCACUGACCAUGAGCAUGGUCACAGAAGCAGAAAAGGUCAGAGGUCACGUCCAAAGCGUGACUCAAGGUAUUACAGUGUGGAUCUGGACCGGGGCCCCUCAGGCUUUGGCUUCAGCCUCCGAGGGGGCAGUGAGUACAACAUGGGUCUAUAUGUCCUCGGACUGAUGGAGGGAGGGCCCGCUUCACGGAGCCAGAAGAUACAGGUCAGUGAUCAGCUUGUGGAGAUAAAUGGGGACAGUACGGCCGGGAUGACCCACAGCCAGGCUGUCGAACAGAUCCGCAGAGGAGGCCACCGCAUCCAUCUGGUCCUCAAAAGAGGAAACGGUUACGUGCCUGACUAUGGCCAUAAGCACAGAAUCAUCUCCCCCUCCCUCCUGUACAACCCCAAGGAGCAGGGUUUGGCUGCAGUAAACUCCGCCGGACGGAGGGGGCGCACUUCCGAGCAGAAGAGGAGAAGCAGGUCAGAUGAAGACGAGAGGGAAAGAGGGACAAGCAGGAGUAGAAGAGGAGAAAGAAGAAGAAGAACACGGGGCUCAGGGGGAGGAGAGCGCUUGCGUUUCCAAAGUCCCGUCUCUGAGCAGGGAGAAAGGUCCCGGGAGGCCAGGGGCAGGAGUGGGAGGAGAAAGAGAAGAUCUCAGAGUUUACCUGAAGAUGCCGUCGAGGAAUAUGAAGACAGUGAUGCGGAGAAUGGGACAGUGAGUGGAGGGAAGGAGGAAAGGGAUAGGGGGAGGAGCAGAGGUAAAGGAAGGGAAAGAAGGAGUGAGGAGAGGGGGAGGGUGGCAAAGGAGAGUGAGGAGUCUGAGCAGGAGGAAGAGCAGGAAAUACCUGCUGCCGAGGAAAGAGUGAAAGAAAAGGUGGAGCAAAGAGAAAAUUUAGAGAAUGAGGAGGAUGAAGUUUUCCUACCUAUUCCAAGUUCGACCUUAAAGCUUCCCAGACCAAGACAAGACCAGGAGGUAGAGGUUGAUGGAAAUUGGGAUAUGACAGCAGAGUACAGGGAACUGAAGAGAGACAAAGAACUUGAGAGUGAGCAGGAAAAGUUAUGGGAUGAUGACAGGCGUGGAGAGAAAGCCACCGAUCUAAAUGAAGGCGAUGAGGAUGAUGAUGCACAGUCCAUGUACUUUGAAGGGCCUUUACCAGGUGUUGCUGUGAUAGAUCCAGUAUCUCAGAGAAAGCCUUUCUCCUUCUUGACCUCCGCAAUGUCUGUAGAGAAGCUUGGGGACGAUGACUCAGAGUCUGGAGGCAGCCAAUCUGAUGGCAGCGUGUCUCCUGCCAGCAUCUCAGGCCUCUCUCUGGCAGGCGGGCAGAGGGCCGUGGUGCUGCCAGGCCCCUGGCUCACACCCAGCAAGCAGAGGCUGGUUCAGAUCGUACCGGGGAACAGGCAGCCCAGGAGUCAGACAGGGCAGAGAAGAGGAAGAAACUCCGUCUCUUUUACUUUUAAUUGAAAAUUACGCAUGCAGCAGCAGAAUGAUACUGCAUCAGAUUCAGUUUCACACUGUUAGACCUCUACUCGUUUUCUGCUCUACCAUCACUUUCUCCAAGUCACUUUGAUAUCUAUGGUAGAAGUCAUAUUCUUUGUGCCUUUUUGCAGCUGAUCUCUGGCUGACAUUUAAAUUCCAUUUUAACUAAUGUCAUCUCUCUCCCUGACAAAUGUAAAUGCCCUUCCAAGCAGCUGUUUUGCUCUCCUCAGCUCGCACUUUUUAUUUUUAGUACUUUUCCUACUUCUUGUUUGCUUCUCCGUGGUGAUUCAGACUAUUUUAGUCGAGUGUACUCAAGACUGCAUAGAUUUAUACCUCACUGAGAUACUGAGCAAUAAUGAUGCAGCUGUCCGAGACUAUCAGCCAUCCAUAUCCACUGCACUACGCCCAUUCUAGCCCGAAUGGAACAGUGUAACAUGUUUGUAUUGUACCCUCUUUGUCUUACAGUCUGUGGACACUUGCCUCAACUCGUAAUGUUGUUGCAUAUAAGUUGAUAUUUGAUUGUGAUAAUGCAAAUCCCUUUCAGAAGCAGGUGUGAAAUCUAUAUUCUGUAAAUAUUUGUAGAGAACUAUGUAACAGAGCAUAUUGUAAAUAAUAUACCCUGAUUUGUAUAACUAUAAUGAGUCUAAAUAUUUAAAUAUAUGCAGUAUAUCUAUAUAUUACAUACAAAAGUUAACUGUUCAUAUUAUCAUUUAUCAUUAUGUGAUGAAGAGUAGCGUGAGAAUUGGUACCCAGCUUUCGUGAUGGCUGAAAAAUAUUAACACAGACUAAAUACACUGGUAGUACCUGCCCUAGUCAUUAAUGAAUGUUUCGUAACAUGCUGCUUGAGUGUGGUUUGGAUGCUCCGUGUCGUACCCUAACUUCAGAAAUCAGCAAAAGAUGCCAAAAAUAUGCAUCUGGUGUGCAUAUUUCCAGUACUGUUAAUAUUGUGUAUGUGGGGUCAGAAGAAAACCACUAUCUAGAUUCUAGAGAGUGCUGUGCCCAUCGUGCCACGUACAGUUGCCUUGGUAACAAACCACUUUAUCCUAAACACUGAUUUUUCUUACUGUGAAAACCUUUGCUCUGAGGUGUCUAAUACCAGAGGUGGGUAAGUUGUUUAGUAAUUUCAACCAUGCCAAAAAAAUUUAAAAAGGAAAAAAGGCCCUUACUGUAAAUCAAAUUAAAACUACUGAACUCUGAACACUGAGAUAUAGCACAUCAUUUUCUUUCUUCAUUUUUUUUAUUUUAAAUCAUUUUCUGUUGCGGACAAAUUAUUAAGAUUUAAGCUUUAUGGAUUUAAGAUUUAAGAUUAAUGAAUACUGUGAGAUGUUAUUUUUCUAUGAAAUUAUCCUUUUUGAUAAACUCAGGUUUUCAGAUACUUUGCUCUAGAUAAGCCAUUAGGAGGAUAAGCUACAGAGUGACUUCACGCCAUUUUCACAAUGCGAAGUGUAUGCAUAUUAUUUCAUUGUCAAAGCAAUAUUAAGUUGAUUCUUUAUGGCGGCAUUAGGAGACGCAGACUGUUAUUUGUUACCUGUCAAUUCUUUGUUUCUACCCAUGGGAACAAACCACAGAACUGAACCGUGUGCCCAUUCCCUUUGUUUGCAUUUGCUGUGCAGCCCAGAAUCGCAGUACAGUGACCAAAUGAAACAAACUGUAUUCUCGUAACAAGUGACCACACAGCGUAGCCAAUAUGUAAGACUUGUUUUAUAAAGUUUGCUAAUCUUCUUCUUCUUUUUAUUUAAUUUCUUAAAGGGGGACUGUUUUUGGCUGAACUGUAAAGUGCAAAUAAACUGCUCAACCAAU